AUGCUUGACGUCUCUCUACAGGCAGCACCUCAAGAAGAAGACCAGGAGGGAGGCGGCGGGCAGCGGCGAAGCGGGCGGCCGCGGCGCCAGGUGGACUAUGCAGAGCCCUCCUGGGCGCAGCUAGAGGCGGCGGCGGCGGCGGCGGCAGCACCCACAGCGGAUGCAGCAGGAGCGGAGGCCUCGCAGGCGGAGCCGCUGCGCGCAGCCUACGCCCCGCCCGCAGCCUGCACAUCGCCGGUCCACCCCACCUACGAUGCGUCAGAGGGGCGGCGGGACCGGCAGGGGCGCCUGGCGUUUGCAGGCCACCCAGAAUUCCGCCCCAACCUCACCCCCAAGCAAGUCAUCCAGGCAGGCAGCUUUGGCGGCAUCUACUUCAACCCACGCGGCGGCAAGCCGGGCAUCCUGGGGAAGGAGGUGGCGGUGGAUCACAGCGAGUUCCCUGCAGACUGGUUUGAGGGCCUGCCCAGGAAGGCCUACCGUGGGCGGGUGUACACAGUAGGAACCAACAAGUAUGGGGUCAAGGCUGGGCAGGACCAGAAGUUUUGGGAGGAGAAGGGGUGGAUCGACCCUCAGGAUCCGCGGGGCUGGUUCCAGGCAGGCCGCCGCACCGCAGACGAUGCCCGGCAGAUCCGCCGGUGGCGGGGGGUGGUGGGGGACAAGGGGCGCUGGGUUAGGGCGCUUGUCAACAAGAUCGUCAGGAGCAACAAGCGGUGGGAUGACGCGAGUGUGUCACCCGUCAUCCGCCAGACGCUGCUGCACUGGGCGUUUGAGCUGACAGAGGCCGAGUUCCAGCGCAUGCACAGGCAGCUGUAG